CCCCAGUAUCCUCCACAUCCCACAUAAGAGGAGAAGCUCACGCCUUCGUCAUGAGCCAUGCAUACUUGGUUACUGAUGCGCUUUUACGCACAACGACACGAUGAGGUUCUGGUCGUCUCGGUGCGCUCUCCUGACCUUAGUCUGCCUCGUUGUGCUUUUAAACAGUUCCGGAAGAGCUUCGACCUUCGAGGUGACUCUGCUUCACACCAACGACAACCAUGCCCGCAUCGAGGAGACCAGCGAGGACUCUGGAAAGUGUCCAGCCGGGGCUCCGUGCUUCGCUGGAGUCGCCAGGAGAUUCACCAAAGUGUCGGAGAUCCGCAAAAAGGAGACGAAUGUUGUGUUUGUCGAUGCUGGAGACCAGUUUCAAGGGACUGUGUGGUUUAAUUACUAUAAAGGCGCUGAAGCUGCACAUUUUAUGAACAAACUUGGCUAUGAUGUUAUGGCUUUAGGAAACCAUGAAUUUGACAACGGAGUGGAGGGUCUGAUCCAGCCUUUCCUCCAGACUGUAAACUGCUCUGUGGUCAGUGCCAACAUUAAAGCUGACCACACUCUGGCCACCAACCUGAGUGGCUACUACCAACCCUAUACAGUCAUCAAAGUGGGCUCAGAGAAGGUGGCUGUAGUCGGAUACACCACGGCAGAGACACCCUUCUUAUCCAGGCCAGGCCAACACCUGAAGUUUGAGGAUGAGGUGGAGGCAUUGCAGGUUCAGGUUGAUAAGCUGGAGACUCUGGGUUUUAAUAAGAUCAUCGCUCUGGGACACUCUGGUUUUGACGUGGAUAAAGAUAUUGCCAAGCGAGUGAGAGGAGUUGAUGUUGUUAUUGGCGGACACACCAACACAUUCCUCUAUACUGGAAAACCUCCAUCCACCGAAGUGCCAGCAGGUCCGUAUCCUUUUAUGGUGAGAUCUAACGAUGGGAGAAGGGUACCAGUGGUCCAGGCCUUUGCCUUUGGAAAAUAUCUGGGAUAUUUAAAAGUCACCUUUGAUGAUGCUGGGAAUGUUUUAAAAGCUGAAGGAAACCCCAUCCUGAUGGACAACAGCAUCCCUCAAGACCCGGGUGUCCUUGCUGAUGUUGAGAAGUGGAAGAAAGAUUUGGCUCAGUUCUCUUCACAAUAUGUUGGCCAAACCUUAGUCUACCUCAACGGGACGUUUGAAGAGUGUCGAUUCCGGGAGUGUAACCUUGGGAACCUAAUCUGCGAUGCUAUGAUUCACCACAAUAUAAAGGAUUCAAGUGAGCUGCAGUGGAAUCAUGUGGGCAUAUGCAUGCUGAAUAGUGGAGCCAUACGGACAGCGAUAGACGAACGCUACAAAAAUGGUUCCAUAACAAUGGAGGAGAUCCUCACUGUCCUACCAUUUGGAGGAACUUUUGACUUGGUUCAAAUUAAAGGAUCAACAGUGAAAAAGGCUUUUGAACACUCCAUUCACAGAUAUGGAAGCAUGUCUGGAGAAUUUCUUCAAGUGUCAGGUGUUCACGUGGAGUAUGAUCUCUCCAAGCCGGUGAACCAGCGUGUGGUGUCGGUGUCGAUGCUCUGCACUGAGUGCCGUGUGCCCAAAUAUGAACCGCUGGACCCUCAGAAGACGUACGCUGUGGCGAUGCCCUCAUACAUGGUGGGUGGAGGUGACGGCUUCACCAUGAUCAAGGAGGAAGUACUGAAGCAUAACACAGGUGAUAUGGACAUUACAGUCCUUUCCAAAUACAUCUCGGAUAUGAAGCGAGUUUACCCUGCAGUGGAGGGUCGCAUCACGUUCAGGAACUCCGCCUCCCUCACAGCCCACAGCUUCGGCUUGCUGCUGCUGAGUCUGUAUCUGACUCUCUGACCGGCUUUGUACGUUCUGGGAAACGUACAAAGCCGUUUCCCAGACUGCAAUAAACUGAUCGGUUUGGGAACUCCUUCAGGACUUGGUUAACUGCCUCCCCAUCUCGCUACCUUCGAAGAUAACAAGAAGACAACUGCAGGUUCAGCCUCAUUGUAGAUUUAAUACUCAAACAGGGACUGAAUUUAAUCCACUAACAACACAACAGUCCCACAAAAACUGCAUUAGGGGCAAUCUUGUUUGCUUAAAUCUUAAACAAAAUGUGCAAGAUGAACAACUUAAACAUAAAAAGCAAAGAUGUACUGAAAAUUAACAAAUGAGGGCAUCUAAGUCAUUUAACUGGCAUUUUAAACAAUAUGAAUGUGAUUUUUCUUAAGUACCGUGUAAUAAAUGCAUUGUCAUGCUCCGCCUUGGAUAUUAGACAAUGGACUGGUCAACUUCUUAGUGGAACAAGGGAAGGCUUUCCAGCAGCUAUAAAUGUGACUCCAUUCACUGAACAUCAGUAGAUGGAAAUGAACCAAAGCACCUGAUUUUGUCUUUAGUUGUUCUUUUAUCUCAAACUUUCAUUCUGUCCAGUUCAAUCGACUCCACACACUCAGAUUAGCGCUGCAGCUGCUCCUCAACCCGUUAUCUUUGUAAAGGAUUUUAUGUUCAUCAGGUUGCAGACACAAAUGUAUCACAACGGUAAAAUAUUGUUGAUUGAAGAUUGAUUUCUGUUUAUUGUGGGGGGGUUUCCAAGCAUCUGCCAAGUAUGCAUAGUGGGCAUAAUCAUGCACACAGAGUA